AUGUCUUGUCCAUCGUGCAACUCUCUCCAAGGCGUGGGACCCCUUCUGACAGAGGACGAGGCCAGACGACUUCCGCGCUUACCUGAACAUCGUUUUAAGUCUGAAAAUAUACCUUGGCCCAACUUUCUACAGUCGGCUGAGACCUGCUAUUGUUGUGAUAUUCUUCUUAAGGGAAUCGCAGGGUUCCUAUACAACAGUUGGGUAGGGGCAAUGCGUAGCUGCGAAAAGCUCAUCACUUCCCACAUGAACGACGGAAGUGAGUUUUCCAUAGAGCUUUUCACGUUGGAUGGUAAGUAUAGUGACGAUGUUCAUACUUCGAUAAGAACGUCUACAGAAACGAGCUCGGAAGAAGCCUUCAAAAAGGAAUGCAAAUGUCUCAAAGAUUGCGACGAUCAAUAUCACGGGGAUGAAGUUCCUGAAGGAGAAGAUCCCGAAGAUUGGAUAUCUUAUUGCGUCCCUUCCUCGAAAGCUUUAACAUCCCCUGCAAAGUUACCAACUAGGGUCAUAGACGUAGGACGAUUCAAUGGCAAGAUUAGGCUGGUAGAAGGAAACGGCUUGAUCCAUAGAUACAUGUGCCUCAGCCAUUGUUGGGGGCCACAUCAGAUAAUCAUAACUACGAAGUCGAUCCUUGGCGAUCGAAUGAAAGAAAUCCAUAUAGCAGACUUGUCCAAGACUUUCACUGAAGCGAUAUUGAUGACUCGGCGCUUCGAGAUAGAUCACAUCUGGAUCGGCUCUCUAUGUAUCAUUCAGGACGACCCAGCAGAUUGGGAACGCGAGUCUGCCAAAAUGGCUUCAAUCUAUCGGGAUGCCUAUUUGACUAUUCCAGCCACGAGAUCAAGUAGCGGAGAUAGGGGAUUGUUUACGAAGACUCCAGAUUUUGAGUAUCUGGUUUUCCGGGAGAAAAUGGACCAUGUUCUCUGGCGAGAUAACACAACAUCCCAGUUUCCCUUGAUGACUCGCGCGUGGGUUUUCCAGCAGCGCAUUCUCUCUCCACGCGUCCUACAUUUUGGGUAUCACGAGCUGUUCUUCAAAUGUUCUACCACUGCGUAUUGUGAAUGUGGAAAUAUUGGCUUCUUAGACCACACGACGAGAGAAAUACCUAUGCCAAACCUCAAGAAAAUGUACUCUGCAGCCUUGAACUCCAUAGCACAGACUCCGAGUGGUAAAUGGUCCAAUAAGAUGUGGGUUAAGAGCGCAGGCUAUUUCAUUGCACGGAUGUGGCGGUCUUUGAUCAUGGACUACACAGCGCUUUCUCUCACCAUCCCUAGCGAUAGUCUACCGGCUCUAAGUGGUGUGGCAAAGACGUUUGCAAAAAAGAGAGCCUCUCCAUAUCUUGCUGGGUUGUUCGGGGACUCGCUUAUUGAUGACCUAUUGUGGAAUACCUUUAGUUGCAGGAAGCAUCGACUAAGGGAAUGGAGGGCCCCCUCGUGGUCAUGGGCUAGUAUUGAAACACAUGCCAAUUACCAAGAUGGCAUAGUAUACUAUGAUAACGAAAUGUCCUUAGAUAAGCCCGAUGAUCGCAUCGAAUUCGUAUCCAUAGAUGAUUUCAGUUGCGAAUCUGUGGGAUUAGACAAGUUCGGCCAACUUUUACCAGCAACUCUCCUUCUUAAAGCUGAUCUUGAUCGUAACGGGCGCCCAAAUUACUGUGUUUGCGCCGAGAAUGAAGCCGUUACACCUCGGAUCUGGCCGGAUUAUGACCUGAGCCAAUCUGGCCCCUAUAAUGUCCUUCCGGGAACUGAAGUCUAUUGCUUAAGAAUGAUUCAGCUUGUGAAAGAUAAUGUGGACAUGUCUCUAGUUUUAAGAGUUGUUCAAAGUCAAGUUAGCAGGUCGUUCGAGCGUAUUGGCUUUCUGCAGCUCGAUCCUCACACUCAGAUCGAUUGUCUAGAUCCAGAAAUGAGAGACAAUUUUGUCGCAGCAUUAAACAAGGCGGCAGUCGAGACGGUGGAUAUCAUCUAAUGCGGAUACUUUUUAACCGUUGUGAUAUAUGAAUGAAAAUGUAGUAUCAAUCAUUACAGUCCGAGGACGCGCGAUAUUCUGUAUAU